AUGCCUCUUUAGGAUGAUUUGACCAGAUAAAGGUGUUUUUCUCUCUGCGUCAGUCGAAGGCAAGGUGAUCUGCGGACAUGUCUAACAGGGACGAAGACGAAUGUGGAGGCAAUCACUAUGUUACUACAACAGGUGCCAGGUUCUCUCUGACCUUCCCAUUAAGUUUUGCUACAGACACAGUAGAACCUGAGAAUAAGACAGUAUGCAAAGAGAAACAAACAGAGAACAACUCCUUCAUCAGAAGCUCCUUGGAUCCUGCAGAGGAGUACAAAAUGUGUAACAAACGACGAGGUCUUGCUCUCAUUUUUAAUCAGGAGAAGUUCUUCGGGCGCCUGGGCUUGAAUGACAGAGUUGGAACCAGUGUUGAUCGUUACAACUUGAAGGAAAGAUUGAAGGAUCUAAACUUUGAAGUGAGGUGUUAUGAUAACUACAAGCAGGUGGAUGUCCAAGAUGAAAUCGCUAAAGCUGCGGAGGAAGAUCACUCAGAUGCUGAUUGCUUUUUGCUCGCCUUCUUGAGUCACGGAGAGGAUAACCAUGUUUAUUGCUACGAUGGAAAAAUUAGUAUCCAGGACAUGAUGUCCAUGUUCAAAGGAGACAACUGCCGGGACCUUGUUGGAAAGCCAAAGAUCUUUAUAAUACAGGCAUGUCGUGGAAAACUGUUUGAUGAAGGUGUUACAGUGACCCCUGCUGAUGCGGUGGAUGGCAUAGUGGAGGUGUUUGCAGAUGCCAGUGCCAUACGCACCCUCCCCGCCGGGGCUGAUUUUAUAAUAUGCUCUUCUGUAGCUGAAGGUUACUACUCCUUCCGGGAGACUAAGAAAGGCUCCUGGUACAUUCAGGCUCUGUGUGAGAUGCUCCGAAAAUAUGGCAGCUCCCUUGAAUUCACAGAAUUACUCACACUAGUCAACAGAAAAGUGUCGAUGAGGAACGUUCCAAAAUCCUGUGACCCACAGCUUGUUGGGAAAAAGCAAAUGCCUUGUUUUGCUUCAAUGCUCACUAAGAAACUUUACUUCCGACCAAAAAAGUAACAAUGUCUCACCUCAGUCUUUAAAUCAGCUGAUUUAUAUAUAUUUUUUUAACUAAAACCAACAUCUCACCACAGAAAACAAAAGAUCUUUUAGAAUGCUAAUUAGGAUCCUCAAUAUUUCUAGUGACAGAGUUCUUAUAAAAUCAUGGGAACAUCCUCUAGAUGUACUAUCUAUGUAUUAUAGAGGUACAUCUAUGCUAUUUUACUUAAUGGUUACAACUAUAGCUGUCUCCUGAGUAACUAAGCAGCCACUUAAAGUACUGAUUUUAUACAGUUGUAUGUAAUUCAGAUUUGGGCUGCUUUUUACCCCACUUGAUUGCUUUGCUGUUAGUUACACAGUUUGGUGAUAUCAGCUGUUGAAAUGUUUCGCUACUUGAAUUUAACAGAACUAAAUGAAAUGUAAAUCCAGCAGCAAUGUUUUUUUUCCAGAAAUGAUGUUCGAAAUACUGAAACGGUUUAAUUUUGGAACUGUUUUCUCUUUAACUGGUUGUAGAAGCAAGAAUGCAUCAACAUGUGGCAGGAUGGUGGGAUGUUCAAGUUAAAGGUGUCCCAGCCAGCUGAGCUGUAGUGAAACUAACUGCAUCUUUCUCUUGGUUGUUUGAGUUAAUUCCAUAGAAUUAAAAUAGUUUUUAAAUGUAAUUCUUCAUAUUACUAUUUAGGCAUCACAAACUGGUAUUUAGUUCCAUUAUGUCAAAGAGGAGGCACACAUUUCUACAGAUGGUGUCUGAGAAACUGAUCAACUAGCAUCAAAACAAUGGAGAUAAAUGCCACAAGAGGAAAAUGACAUUCAUGUGAUUUGGGGGUGAACUGUUCCUUUAGCUUUCUUAAUCAAGCUGUUUGUUUUGUAUGAAGGAAACAAGUUUGUCAAAAUAGGCAACAUUAAAACUUCUGUCAUUUUUUAAAUACUGUAAAGCUGUUGUUUUUGUCUAUACGUACUUGAGUUACAUUAAAGCAGAGUACAGAAUGAUUAUGGACCACAGUCUUUGCUGGCUACUUUGUAAAAUUACUAAAAUUACUCUUACAGAAUGAUGCCUUACUACACAGAAAUGCAUUCACGUGGCCUUAUUUUAUAUCAGGUUCAAAACACAUAGUCAGCAGCCUUGCACAGAAAGGUUUUCACCGGAAAGUCAGGGAGUCUGGUUUACUUAGUGUCAACAGCCAGUUGUUUCCCAACUUAUCAUGAGAGGCACAUGACGUGAUAGCUUAGCAAUCAGAAAAUUGGAUUUUGUACUCAUCAGUUUCAUUCUUACUUUUCUCACUCUAAGCCUCAGGGUGCCAGUAACACUUACAACUUGUCCAAGCACUUCACAAUCAGAGUGUUUCCUCAAGCUUACUACUUGAGGAAUGGAAUUAAUGACCUGUCAGCAGUUUAUGGUACAUGUACUAAUGUGUAUUUGCACCUUAGUGAUCACACUAGCGUGAAAAGUAAGAGGCUGUGUUUUUUCUACUCUAGUCAAAAACACUUGUAGUCAUGAUCCCUGUGAAGAAAAAAGAAAAUACACCAAACUGCACACAGACUUUGGUCAUACUUUGUGAACCAAUGAGAUUUUAGUUAUGGCUUUGCCAUCGUUAAUUUUGUUUUAAAUAAAAAUCUCCAUUAUUUUUGUGACAGAAAGUGUGUGCAUCCUUUAUUUCCAGAGGCAGUUUGAAAACAAAUUCAUUCAAAAUACAACCAAUUCAAACAGACUUGGGGAAACAUUCAUUUCAUGCCAUUAGUAAUGCCUGUACUUGUCAUAGUGUAGUAAUUUGCCCAUUGUUCCUCUUCCUUGUUUCCCCAGUGUUCGAGCUGAGUUUGUAUUUUUUUCAAUUAAUGUUUUAAUUAAUUGUAAUUAGUAAUAUUAAAGGUGUUACUGAAACUUACAUCACAGUAAAUGAUGCAAUCUUCAUAUGAUUACUGUACGAAUAAAGAUAUAGAACUUUGCUGUAGUCUAAAGAUAAUAUCGGAAAUUAUAAUGUGUGUUUGUGUAUUGACGUGAAAGUGAUUAUGUGUUGUUAUGCAUACCGUUUCCAACAGAGGGAAACAGAGCUUCAUUUAACAUAUUUCCAAUAUAAUUUCCCCAUAUCUCCUAAAACUGCCAAACAGGACAUUAUUACAAAACACAGUAAAAUAAGGCGGUCAGUAUCCACUUCCUUAUACCAUGAGAAAAACGGAACAUAUGAUGAGUUGGCAGUGUUAGCACAUCCCCCCUGCCCUUCCACAGAAAGUAACUGAAUGCGAUGGUAAAGCUGUGACUUGCAGAAACAUCUUUUUAAUUUGUUACCUGUCAUUCGUUUAUAAAUAUGUGGACCUUUAAAUGUCUCAAGAACAAUGAAGUGUAGGCUUUAUGUUUUUAGUCAUGUAUGAGAUGAGGCUCGUAACAUAAAUCUGGAUUAGGCUUUUAGCCCACUUAAUCUUUUACUUUCUUCUCAUGCUCUUGUCGUU